AUGGCGGACGAAGACGAUGAGGAAGAGACCUCAGAAAUGGCCACCAAAGAUCAGCCUUCAGAAGAAAAGAAAGAGAAAUUGGUUGUUGAAAAAUCACCUCAUAAUCCAGAGCAAUCACAAGAAAAUUUAAUCACUGAAGAGUUGCCUCAUCAUCCAGCUGAAUCACGUGAAAAUUUGAUACACACUGCAGUUUCAUUUCUGCAGAACCCCAAAGUUCGAGAUGGACCUGUGGCUCACAAGAAAGCAUUCUUAAGGAAGAAAGGUUUGACGGAGGAAGAAAUUUCCGAUGCAUUUAUCAGGUCUGGAACUGUUGCACAUGUUCCUCAGCCGAUGGCUCCCUAUCCAUUGGUGCCUCCUCCACCAGUAGCUCAAGUGACACCUUGGAUGCGAAUUCGAGAAACAAUGGUUGCUGGACUUCUUGUUUGGGGCUUGUCAAAAGCAGCACACAGAUUUUAUACAGAAUAUGUGUCCCCAUAUUUUGACCUCAAGUGGCCUCAGGAAAGGCGUCUAGAGGUGAUUGAGAACAGUGUACUGGAAAUGCAAAACAACUUAGUUGAGACAAUGAAGAAAGUUCAAGAAGUGGUUGCUACUGUCCAGCACCAGCAAAAACAAAUGCUUGUGUUAACAGAACAAUUACUCAAAAACAUGCCAAGUUCAGGUUCCAUUUCUUUGCACCACAAUGACCAAGCAGCAAAUGAAAUCAAAGCAGAAUUGAACUCCAUUAAAGGAAUAUUACUCAGCAGGAAACAGUUCCCAACAGUACCAAACAUUAGUGCCACUCUUCCCCCUUGGCAGUUAAAUGCUUCUAUGCCUGCUGCUGCUGCAACUCCUCAAGCUCUAGAACCAGAAACCAAAGCCUGCCAAAUUCCUAAUAACAAGCUGGAUAUACUUCCAAACCUUUCUCAGCAUAGUAUUUCUCUAUUUCUUCCUUUUCUUUCCUUCCUGCUUUUUUUUCUCUAG